AUGUUUGAUAGCUCGCAGUAUCCCUACAAUUGCUUCAAUUACGACGCUGACGACUACCCUGCCGCCAGCUCUGAUGAGGAGAAGCGGCUCACGCGGCCCGCGUACAGCUACAUCGCCUUGAUCGCCAUGGCCAUUCAGCAGAGCCCGGCCGGCAGGGUGACCCUGUCCGGCAUCUACGACUUCAUCAUGCGCAAGUUCCCCUACUACCGCGCCAACCAGCGCGCCUGGCAGAACUCCAUCCGCCACAACCUGUCGCUCAACAGCUGCUUCGUCAAGGUGCCACGGACCGAGGGCCACGAGAAGGGCAAAGGCAACUACUGGACGUUCGCGGGCGGCUGUGAGUCGCUACUAGACCUCUUCGAGAACGGCAACUACCGGCGACGGCGGCGGCGGCGUGGCCCCAAACGCGAGGCGCCCAGGGAGUUGCACGCGCGGGACACUGAGGGGCCCCUGGGUGUGCCCAACCAGAUCGCUGCGCCGAGGUCCCCGGCUCCAGACGGCGCGGGCGCAGCCUCGGCGGCCAGCCCGCCUGCCCCGGGGAAGGCGCACCCGGGCGGCAUCAAGUUCAGCAUUGACUACAUCCUCUCUGCUCCAGACCCCUCUCCCGGGCUCAAGCUGCCCAGGCUCCUGGCGCCUGAGGGCCGACACCCGAUACUGGAGGCCCAGCACAGGAACCUCCACUUGUGGAUGCUGUGA